UCUUGGUUUUGUUGUUUUAUUAACACAUACAACUUUAGGUAUUUUUAAAUGUUAAUGGCUCUGAUAAGAGAAAACGGAGGUUGGAUCAACAACGUUGUAGUUCCUCUACAAUACGAACCUCAUUGACAGACUAAAAAGAAGGAAGCCUUUUUGCAACAAGCCACUGAGCUCAGUUCAAAGGUCACCACAGAGAAGGGAGAAGCACAGAUCUACACCGAACUCCCAAGGAGAAGGAGCGAGAGAGAUACGCAACAGGGGGGAGUGAAGGAGAGAGAAUUCAGGGGAGGACGAAAACAUCAUCAUGGUUUCAAUCACAGAGACUCAGAAGAUUGGUGUUGGUCUCACAGGCUUCGGCCUCUUCUUUCUGCUCUUUGGCGUGCUGCUGUACUUUGACUCUGUCUUACUGGCAUUUGGGAAUGUUCUGUUUCUGGCUGGCCUGGCGUUCAUCAUUGGCCCGAGAAGGACGGCAGGGUUCUUCUUCCAGAGACAGAAGCUCAGAGGCUCCACUUUCUUCCUCGGUGGCGUGGCCUUGGUGCUGUUCCGCUGGCCAAUCAUUGGCAUGGCUGUGGAAAGCUACGGCUUCGUGCUCCUGUUCAGGUCAUUCUUCCCUGUGGCGUUUGGAUUAAUUUUAUCGUUGGUUAAUAUCCCCUAUCUCAAUGUGGGAAACAGCUCCUCUAUGGUCUGAGAGAAUAGAAAGACAAUUACUCUGUGGCAGAGCAAUGAGCCAAAAGGGGAGUUGACACCUUGACGAGGAAGUUGACUCUGACGAGGAACCAGCAAAGAGGGAGGUGACUAAACCAAUCAGAUUCCUUGUAGAGCCACCUGGUGAGGAUUUCUUAACUACUCUUCUUCCGUUGUGUGCAUUACAUGCAUCAGGAAGUAGAUUAAAAUAAGGACUACUUUUUUGUAUUAUGCUUUGUAAGAUGAUGCAAGUGAAGCACUCCAGAAAAAGACAAAUUAACCCAGACAAGCCCGUCUUCCAGUGCCCCAGCUUCCACCAGUCCAUAUUGUUAAGAUCAUGCAUUAUGUAACUAGGUCAUUAAAUGUAUAAUCAGCAAGUUGACAGUACGUUUGACACACAAUCAAGUAUGUGGGUGAAGAAAAGCGUACAGUUAAUGCAAGUACAAGUCUUAAAUUGUAGAGACGGCAUGAAAUCAUAACCUAAGUACAGUUUACAUGAGAAGAAAUGACCUCACCCAUCUGAUCUUGACAUACUUGGUUAUUAGUCACAUUACCAAAGUGUAACAGUUCUAUUUCUUUCUUCUAUUAGCAACUUCAAAAGCUAAUGUCUUUGAAAAGACCCUACAAGGCACAUCAUGUUUUAAAUGUUUCAAGUCUGAUUAAAUGAGCCUACUUUCUCAAAGUUCUGUUCCCACCAACUGUGCGGGAUGCACUGUGGUUUGACAUCUGUGAUAUUCUUUGAAGUUGCAGAUGUCAAGGCCAUCUGCCAUUUGCCACCUCAAGCCAGAGUGACAUCGUCUGGUGUCUAGUGUCUGGUUGUUAUGUGUUAGGGUAAACAAUUGAAUUGUAUGAACUGUUAUAGCUUUACAGACAUUUCAAAGCCACUCAAUAUAAUACAUUACCAUCAUAUGUUUUCAUAUUAGGUUAUUUAAAGUAUUAUUAUUACUUUGUGCAUAAUGUUACAACUUUCCAAAUACUUGUGGUGCUGUGUAUGGGUGAAACUUGUAGUAAAUCAGCAUAUUUUAUUGAGUAAAACGCAAGUGUGAUGCCAUGUUUGUAAGUAUCUGUAUGUAUUUGCCAUAACACUAAAAUGAUUAUUUAAAAACUAAAUGAUGCUAAGAAUAUAUUUUUGUUGGGAUUCAUUAACCUUCCCACUGAGCUCCAUGCUGACGCUCCUUCACUUUUUGUGCUGUGUCAGUUUCAAAACCAUGCAAAACUAUGUAUUUUCUUCAGUUUUCUCAGUCAGUCCAAGUUGCAGCCAGGAGAAGCUGGCCAAGACAGAGCACCCGAAUCAGGUUUCUUGAGCCAUCAAGGUAUUGAUAUUGAACUCGUAAAUGUAGACAGUUUAAAUAACAGCAUGGAUUUUGACUUAUAUUUUAGACCAAGAGUUGCAAUCCCUGCUUGAUAAGCCCGUGGCUUCUGACAUGCCCGCUGGAUAAAUUGAAGGUAUAUUUAUGUAAGCCUAUAUGUUACAAAAUGUUGCUUCUCUUUUAUUAUCAACAUUAAUUCCAAAAUGAAUGGCUGUCAGCAGCUAUAUGGUUAUCAAUAAUACUAAUAUAUAUGAAGGGUGGAUAUUUUGAUCGAGGUAUUCCACAUGGCCUUCAUACAUGUCCUGCCUGUUACUCGUGUCUUAUAUUGUCAUGCUGUUAGCAGCUAAUCUGAGUCUUUAUUAUUUUGCAGAUCUUCAAGCAGUGGAGAUGAGUAUAAUAAUGAAGCUGGAGAUGAUUCAUACAGAGUUCAAGACUGCUCUGAACCAAGUGAUGGAGGCCAUAGAGGCCCAGCAGCCAAACGAUUCAGAGUCCUUGGGACAACUUGAAAUGCUGCAAAACCCUGCAGAAACAAAUCAGGAACUGAAGGAUAUCUGUGAAAUACUUAAAAACUCGCACUAUUGAAAGAAAAUGGUAGGGAUGGCCAUUUAAAAUGUAUAUGUUUGUAAAAAAAAAUAAAUUAUAUCACGUAUUUGAACAGCAAUUGACAAAAAAAUGUGUCUUUAUCGAGAGCCACUUGAAUGCAACCUGCAAUAUUAUUGAAUCAAAAUAUCGUAAUGUCAAUGAAAUGCAGUUGUCAUAUAUGCCAUAUGCCUAUUUAGUGUUUGGAUUGAUUUCCCAUUUAAACACUUAUCUAAUCUUAAGAAGGAACAAUCAGCCCUCUGCCUGUUUACACAAGUUUUACCCCAUGAUUACAUGAUACACUACAAAAAUUACUUCUCAUUACUAUCAAUCAGAACUGUAUGGCCAACUGUUUUAGCCGAAGAAUACACAAAGGAGUGGGAAAUAUAUAUAUAUAUUUUUUAAAUAAGACCUGAUACCUGACCCUCUGCUGUGGCCAGGACCUGGGAUCGGGAAUCAGACGAAUGAUGAGGAAAAAUUGGAGAGGAGCUGUAGACAAGCUACUCCUUGAAGGGCAGGAAGGGGAAGGCCAGGUCGUAAUUGUAAAUGAGAACUUGU